UUUGUUGUGGCUCGGGUGGGUGACGACGGCGGUUGGUUGGCGGCUGGGCCCGGGGAGCGGCCGCGGCAUCCCGUGGUUUCCUAUGAGCCGAAGCCAGCAGAUAUUUCGUGAAUACCUAGGAAAAUCGAGAAACAUUAUUCAAUACCGUGACAAAGAAGAAUAAUGCACUGAAGUGCCUACAUUGGAAUCAAAGGAGUUUUUUUCCAAAGGGAGGAUGAAUAGUGAAGAAGAGUUUUAUGAUGCAGUCACAGGUUUUGAAUCCGAUGAUUCUGAAACUAGAUUGGAGAGUUUUUCCAGCAAAAGUGGAAGCAGCUCAUCUGAACAGAAUGUUCAUAACCAAGAUUUGACCCAAGAAAAUGGACUUAAAAAACAUAGAACUUCAUUACCAGCUCCAAUGUAUAGCAGACAUCAAUUAAGUUUGUGGAGCAUUUUAAAAAAAUGCAUUGGAUUGGAACUGUCAAAAAUUACUAUGCCUAUUAUAUUUAAUGAGCCUUUGAGCUUUCUACAACGAAUUACAGAAUAUAUGGAACACACAUAUCUUAUUCACAAGGCCUCUCUGCUUUCUGAUUCAAUAGAAAGAUUACAGACGGUAGCUGCAUUUGCUGUUUCUUCUGUUGCUUCACAAUGGGAAAGGACUGGCAAACCAUUCAAUCCACUCCUAGGUGAAACCUAUGAACUGAGAAGGGAGGAUCUUGGAUUUAGGCUUGUAUCUGAACAGGUUAGCCAUCAUCCACCAAUCAGUGCAUUUUAUUCAGAAGGCAUCAAUAAGGAUUUUGUUUUCCAUGGUUCCAUUUAUCCAAAGCUUAAAUUUUGGGGGAAGAGUGUAGAAGCAGAACCACGUGGAACUAUCACAUUAGAACUUAAUAAGCAUAACGAGGCGUACAGUUGGACAAAUCCUUCAUGUUGUGUACAUAAUGUAAUAAUUGGCAAGCUGUGGAUAGAACAAUAUGGAACCGUAGAAAUUACAAAUCACAGUACUGGUGAAAAAUGUUUGUUGCAUUUUAAACCAUGUGGACUUUUUGGAAAGGAACUGCAUAGAGUUGAAGGAUACAUUCAAGACAAAAGUAAAAGGAAGGUUUGUGUAAUAUAUGGCAAAUGGACCGAGUGCCUGUGGUGUGUGGACACUAACACAUAUGAGACUUACAAGAAAAAUGAUAAGAAGGGUGGAGACCAAAAGAAAGCUAAAGAGACAGAAGAUGUUGUACGAGCUGAAAAUGAUGAAGCCGACGACAUGCCUGAAAUCCAGGAAACUGUACAAGUUAUUCCUGGAAGUAAACUACUCUGGAGGAUAGCAGCAAGACCUUCACACUCUUCUCAGAUGUAUAAUUUCACUAAUUUUGCAAUGAUGUUGAAUGAACUGGAUGACGAAAUGAAAGGUGUUUUUGCACCGACUGAUUGUCGUUUUCGUCCAGAUAUCCGAGCAAUGGAAAUUGGAAACAUGGAUUUUGCUGGUGCAGAGAAAGAAAGAUUAGAAGAAAAACAACGAGCUGCUCGUAAAGCUAGAGCAAAAAAUGAAGAGGAAUGGAGAACCAGAUGGUUUCGACAGGAUAUCAAUCAGCACACACGAACGCCAGACUGGAUUUAUACAGGGAAGUAUUGGGAAAGAAAUUAUGAAGAUUGCACUGAUAUUUACUGAGGAUUUUAAUUCUCAAAAGUUUUGUUGAAUGUCGAUCAAAUGACUUUAACAUUUCUACUACUUCUAAAACUUCUACCCUGAUUUUGUCUGCUUUUAUUUUGUUUAACUCACACUGAUGUCAGUCCCAGAAUCUCUUAAUUACAGUAUAAUGUUAAUGUGCAAUAACCGACAAGAGGUUUUGGAAAACAUUUCCCUGACCUUCAUAUACAAAUAAUACAAUGCUUGAACUUGACAGCAUUUCUGUUCUGGUAUAAUGGAUUGGACUGCAACAGUUGAAUUCCCAAUAGUAACAUUUAGGUGAUUUUCCUGCUGACCUCUCCACAGAGCUCUAAAUGACCUAUUGAAUUCAUCAAGUGUGUAAUACACCAUACAGACUCGAAGGGGAUAGAUUUGAACUUUGGUUUGUGCUGGGUUAGAAGAUCUCAUUUGGGUACGGGUGCUACAAGGCUAUCCCUGAAUUAAGAGUGAAUAAACUGGCCAGGGGUUUGUGGCCUGAUGUUAUUCAUUGACUGUUGCUUGAAGCAUGUGUUUAUAAACAAGGGGCAAGGACAAAAUUGGGUGCGGUUAUGAGGCCCACUUAGGUGAAAUAGCUUGCAGUCAGUCACUACAAAGACUCGUGGAUGGAAUAUGGCUUGGGUGAAAUACCAGAGAGCAGCUGCUGUGCGUGGAACUACGGAGAAUGGCGUCUACCAGAGAGAAAUGGAGAAAAACUAAGCAAGAAAGAGAAGAGCUUAAAGAAUUUGCUCUACCAGAGCUUAUGACUUGAAACUAGGUACUUGUGUUUUAAAUGCUGAAAUGAACAUAAAUCUAUAUAUGUAGGUCUGAAUAAAAGUCGCAAUUCACUAGAAAGGUAUAAGCAUUAACUUUUUUCUCCUUAUUUGUUUCCCCCCCAAAAUACCGCGUCACAUUAGUGCACACCUGGUGACCAUUUUAUGAAAUAGUUACAGAACGAGAAGUUUUAAUGAAAAUGUUGGGAACGGGGAAGGAUAUCAUUUUUAAUUAGAGGACAAAAAAGCAGACCUCUGUAAAUAUAUUCCCAGUAAUCAGAAUAUUGAACUGGGUGCUAUGUUAGAUGCUAUCAAUGAACCUAUAAAUUGGUGAAUGGGAUUGAAAAAUGUGCAGCUGUUAAGCAGCCUUUAGACUAAACAAUUUAACGGUGUUACACACCUUAAUGUUGAAAAUCACACACACACAAUACCUUUUUUAUUGUUUUGCUGCAAUAGUCAAUACAUUUUCUUACCUGCGUUUUCGUGAUGGUCUUUGAAAUGUAGACUUUUAAUCUCCCUUGCAUUCAUUACCCUAAAUAUGACUCUCAGGAUGAAGCUAAAUAUUUUUUGCUGACAUAACAAAAUUUCAUGUAAUGCCUACUAUCAUUGAUAAAAGAUGUAUUCAGUUCAUUUGUCUGCAUUUCAGUAUGAACAGCAUUUUGCAAGUCUUAAAGUUUAGAGUACAAAUGUCAGCAGUGAACCAUCUUUGUUCAUUUGUUUCCUUUCUUUGUCUGACAAUGACAUCCCUCUCUGUGAGAGUGAUUCUUUAUUUUUAACAAUUGCUCUUUUGCAGUAAUCUACUUUUAAAAGUAUAAAAAAACAGAGUUGCUUGCAUCAUUGCUUACGUGAAAAUUUUCAAAUCCAAACAUGAACAAAAAAUUGUGUAUCUGUAUGUGUUUUAUUGCCAAAGUGAGAUUUUAUUUUAUUCAUGUGUGCACAUGUAGAUGUUCCAAAGCCAUAAUGUUAUUUCAACUUGGAUUCGCAAUAUAAUUUGUGGAAUAGGGAAUCAAAUUGUACAAAGAGAAGUAUACUGGGAUUGAAAUGAUUGGAAAGGUUGCUAAUAAAUUGGUGAAUCAUAUUUACUGAUAAUUGUUGUGAAUCAAUAAGCAUGCUGGAAAUGAAAGAACAGCUGUUGCAAUCUCAUUGAAGAGCAGAAAUGAUUCACUAUUAUGAAAACAGCAAUUACAAUUUUAUUUUUAAGAAAUCACUAUAUAAUUUCCUCUUAUGCAGCCCAUCCAAAUAUAAACAGGUAAGGCCAUUUGGUGGGAAAAUGGGGAUGAUGUGGGAGGAUAGGAAUGGCAACCCCUGAAACUUCUCACCCUAAAUUUUUAUCCUUUUGAGCCUUGCACAUGAAGAAGAAGAAGAAGAAUGGUUCUAAAAUAUAAUCAGACAUUUUGAAGUAUUUUGUAAACUGCAGGAAAGCAAAUUUAUUUCCCCCCAAAUUGUACUGAAGAGUAUAGAAGUAUGGCAAUAAGCAGUGCUGUAGUACUCUUGUGCAGUCAUGUCUUUGGGG